AUCACAUACUUCUACAUAGAUAGAGAAAUAUAUAUACAAAUAUAUAUAUAUAUAGAGGGAGAGAGAGGUGUUAACUAGUCAUAGAGAAAUGGGUUCGUUUAAAGAAGCAUUGAACUCAUCAAAACCAUACCUAGCGAUGGUGGCUCUCCAGUUUGGAUAUGCUGGAAUGUAUAUCAUAACCAUGAUCGGCAUGAAACGUGGACUCAGCCACUGGAUUCUCGUAGUCUAUCGUCAUGCCACCGCUACUCUUGUCAUUGCUCCGUUUGCUCUUGCUUUUGAGAGGAAAAUAAGGCCAAAGUUGACGCGAUCUGUGUUGCUCAAAGUGCUCCUUCUGGGUUUACUAGAGCCUGUGAUUGAUCAAAACUUGUACUUUUUGGGGAUGACAUACACAUCCGCAACAUAUGCCUCCGCGAUCAUCAAUGUUCUUCCUGCCCUCACGUUCAUAAUGGCGUUGGUUUUCGGGAUGGAGAAGGUGAAUCUAAAACGGAUUCAUAGUCAAGCGAAAAUAGCUGGGACGGUGAUCACAGUGACAGGAGCAACGGUGAUGACUCUGUAUAAAGGACCAAUUGUUGAUAUAUUGUGGUACUCUCAUCACGGUGCAGCAACCACCCACAAAGCUGCCGCCGGUGCUUCGUCUUCCGGCCAACAUAUGCUCGCCGGCACAAUCAUGAUUCUAGCUUGUACAUGCAGUUGGUCUGCCUACUUCAUUGUUCAGUCGAUGACGUUAAAAGAGUAUCCCGCAGAGCUAAGUCUGACGUCGUUGAUAUGUUUAGCCGGUACGGUGGAAGGUGGGAUUAUAGCGAUGAUUAUGGAGCGUGAUCCAAAAGCAUGGGCUCUUGGCUUUGAUUCUAGGCUUCUUGCAUCUGUUUACUCGGGUGUAAUUUGUUCGGGGAUCGCAUACUAUGUUCAAGGAGUUGUCAAUAGGGUUCGUGGUCCGGUCUUCGUGACCGCAUUCAGUCCGCUUUGCAUGAUCAUAACCGCAGUUCUUGGUGCCAUCGUGUUGUCCGAACAAGUCCACCUUGGAAGUUUGCUAGGAGCCAUCAUCAUCGUGAUGGGUCUUUACUCGGUGGUGUGGGGUAAAAGCAAAGAUCAUCUACUAACAUCGGAGAAAAGCUUGGGUCAAGAGCUACCAACCGUCGACAAGCACCAUGCCAAGAUGGCUUACGACACCACGGAUGCACCAUUUGAGCCGGUCAUAACUAAGGAUAAAAGUCUUCCACAAGAGCCUUGAUUCGUCGUUUUUUGCUACAUCCCUAACUUCUACGUUACGUGUUACUUCAACGUUUUCUCUUUGCAAUGUACACCCUUUUAUUGUAUGUAAUCAAAUGACUAUGAAU